AUGAGCGAGCUGAACGACUUCGACCAGUUCAACUUCAACGGGUACGAUGAUAACAAGGGAGUCCCCAGGGAGGAAAAGAACAUGGCUGAGGCCAGCGGAGGGUACGAAAUGAAUGACGAAUUAGGAUUAUCCAACGAGCUGAAUGACAGCCUUAUGGAGAAGAGCCCCAACUACAACCAUAUGAACAUGUCACUUAACAGCAUUUAUAGCGAUCUGAAUGUAGCGAAAAAGGAGGUAGACGAAACAGACAGUAGCAGUAACAAGUACAAUUUUGGAGAAUCCAAAAAUGACAGCUCCAAUAAAUUUACAACAUCGUUUAAGAAGGAAAGCCAAAUGUCCUUCGAAAAUACAUACGAACAAUUUUACGAAAAGGAAUCGGACAUAUCUGACACGGAACAAUCAACCACGUGGGAAUCUGAAAGACUCAAAAGGAUAGAAGAAAGGAAAGAGUACGAAAGAAAUAAAAAAAUCGAAAUAAAAAAGAAGGCUGCGGAAGACUUAAAAAAAUGGUAUGAAGAAAUGGCCAUUGAAGAAAAUUUGGAAAACAAAACAUGGCUGAAGGUGUUCCAAUAUUUGGACCCAGACAAGGGUGAGUAUUUUAAGGAAAACAGCCGCAUGAAGCAGGUCCUCCUCAAACUCAUGAAAAGCGAAGGUUCCUGA